AAUAAAAUUCAGCCCUCGCAAUGGUUCUCAUUUGCCCCCGCAUACACUUUUACGAGAUCAAUGAUCAAACUUGGUUCCCUCAAUAUCUCCGCGAGAAAGUCCAAUCCUGCCUUACCCUCUCCUGGACUUUUCGUGUCCCUCUUUUGCAAAAAGCCUCUCCUGCGCAACUCGUCGCAAGCACCCUCUAUGGAACCCUCAACGCUCAGGUGACCAGCUAUACAUAUGUGGACUUCUGUGCCGGCGCAGGAGGUCCAACCCCAUUCAUCGAGAAAGAUCUGAAUGCACAACUCGAUUCUCGUAUACCCAGCUCGCCUCAUCCAACAUCUACGAAUACCAAUGGCCUCACGCCGCGAUCUCCUCGAAUUCUGGCGGAAGCAACUGGUAGCGUCAAGUUCGUCUUGACCGAUUUGCAUCCACAUAUCCCAGAUUGGACGGAGGCAUCCAAGCGCAGCGAGAAUCUGAGCUAUGUGUCGGAGCCAGUGGAUGCUGCGAAUGCACCUGCAAGUCUCAAUGGCAAAGAUGGCAAGAAGAUCUUCAGGCUGUACAACUUGGCGUUCCAUCAUUUCGACGACAAGCUUGGAAUGGACAUUCUAAAAAAUACCCUCGAGACAGCUGAUGGAUUUGGGCAUGAUCUCCUCUGCCAUUCCCCUCCCAGAGUGCUAAUGUUCUACAGGAUCUUUGAACUGCAAGAACGAACUAUUUCCUCCCUUAUUACCAUGCUCGGUUUGGGCAUUCUCAUGCUACUCAUCACACCGUUCUACUUCUGGAGAUCGCCAGGCCAUCUCUUCUUCACAUAUAUCAUUCCAAUAAUACCCUUUGUUCUUGUCUUCGAUGGGAUCAUCUCGUCCUUACGGACCCGAAGCUCGGAGGAGGUUCAGGCUCUGAUGAAGGAGUGCGGAGCUUCUUGUGAUAGCUGGACUGUCAAGAGUGGGCAUGAGCAGCAUACUUGGCCCACAGGUUAUAUGACCUGGGUCAUCGGUCUCAAAAGAUGUACUUAACUCUAGAGUAACGGAAUCCUAUAAAGAUGGAAGCAAUCAUAUAGGAAGGAAUUCGUCUCUGGCAGCCCGGGCAAGGUCGAAGUGAUAUCUGUAUUAUGAACUUUCUCGACCUGCGGAAACCAGGCAUUCUAAGGAGGAUAAGAACGGACGCUAUAUUUUUGGCAGUCUUCAAAGAAUACGUUCAACCCAAUGUUUAGCAGGGUAAGGUAGCCUCCGAUGGGACCGCCAGUGAGACUUGCGUACGCUUCCUGCAGAUGGAAUUAUUCAAAUCAGGUGCUGGGAAAGUCGGUCGGC